AUGGACUCUGUUGUCACUGAGGUGACCUAUGGUCUGGAGAUUAAGAAAAUCAAGGAGAUCACGGAGCUGCCUUUUCCAGUCAGGCAAGACUCUCCUUUAAGCGAGGUGCUUCCUACAGAUCUGAAGACCAAAGAUAAUUUCGUCGCUAGAGAUCCUGACCUUCUUAGACUUACUGGUUCACACCCAUUCAAUUCUGAGCCACCACUGGCAAAGCUCUACGAUUCGGGGUUUCUCACUCCAGUGAGUCUUCAUUUUGUGAGAAAUCACGGCCCCGUUCCUUACGUUCCUGAUGAAAAUAUUUUGGACUGGGAAGUGUCGAUUGAAGGCAUGGUUGAAACGCCUUAUAAGAUCAAACUGUCAGACAUAAUGGACCAGUUCGAUAUCUAUACAACCCCAGUUACUAUGGUCUGUGCUGGAAACAGAAGAAAGGAGCAGAACAUGGUGAAAAAGGGGACCGGUUUCAAUUGGGGAGCAGCUGGAACAUCUACUUCUCUUUGGACCGGAUGCAUGCUUGGAGAUGUGAUAGGCAAAGCCAGACCAUCAAAGCGGGCAAGAUACAUAUGGAUGGAGGGUGCAGAUAACCCGGCAAAUGGCGCAUACGGCACCUGUGUCCGCCUAAGCUGGGCUAUGGACCCUGAACGAUGCAUCAUGAUGGCAUACAAACAAAACGGCGAGUGGUUGCAUCCUGACCAUGGAAAGCCCCUUCGAGUAGUCAUCCCCGGUGUCAUUGGUGGACGAUCAGUCAAAUGGCUAAGAAAGUUAGUGGUGAGCGACCGGCCGUCUGAAAAUUGGUAUCAUUAUUUUGAUAAUCGGGUUCUUCCGACCAUGGUGACGCCAGAAAUGGCCAAAAGUGAUGACAGGUGGUGGAAAGACGAGCGAUAUGCCAUCUAUGAUCUGAACUUGCAAACUAUCAUUUGCAAGCCCGAAAAUCAGCAGGUUAUCAAGAUUUCAGACGACGAGUACGAAAUUGCAGGUUUUGGCUACAAUGGAGGUGGGAUCAGAAUAGGCCGAAUCGAAAUCAGUCUUGACAAGGGGAAGACCUGGAAGCUGACAGAGAUCGACUAUCCGGAAGACAGAUAUAGGGAGGCAGGUUAUUUCAGAUUGUUUGGCGGACUUGUGAACGUUUGCGACAGAAUGAGCUGUCUGUGCUGGUGUUUCUGGAAGCUCAAGGUUCCUCUUUCUGAAUUAGCAACGUCAAAAGAUAUUCUCGUCCGUGGCAUGGAUGAGCGUAUGGUGGUCCAGCCGCGCACAAUGUACUGGAAUGUAACGUCCAUGUUGAACAAUUGGUGGUAUCGAGUCGCCAUUAUCCGCGAGGGUGACGCUCUUCGAUUUGAGCAUCCAGUGGUGGCCAACAAGCCUGGCGGUUGGAUGGAUAGGGUCAAGGCAGAAGGUGGAGAUAUUUUAGAUAAUAAUUGGGGAGAAGUGGACGAUACGGUCAAGCAGGCUGAAAGGAAGCCGCGUGUUGAUGAGGAUAUCGAGAUGAUGUGCAACCCGGAGAAAAUGGACGUCAUUAUCAAAUACUCAGAGUUUGAAGCACACAAGGACAGCGAGACAGAACCAUGGUUUGCUGUCAAGGGCCACGUAUUUGAUGGUAGCUCGUAUUUGGAAGACCAUCCAGGAGGUGCCCAGUCGAUCUUGAUGGUGAGCGGCGAAGACGCUACCGACGAUUUCAUUGCAAUUCACUCAUCUUAUGCCAAAAAGCUGCUCCCUCCUAUGCACUUGGGAAGACUCGAAGAGGUCAGCUCUGUUACAAAAGUAAAGUCUGUCGAGGAAAAUGUCAAGCGAGAAGUUUUGCUCGAUCCGCGAAAAUGGCACAAGAUAACACUUGCGGAAAAAGAGAUUAUCUCUUCCGACUCGAGAAUAUUCAAGUUCGACCUUGAGCAUCCAGAACAGCUUAUCGGUCUUCCAACGGGUAAACACCUGUUUCUGAGGCUAAAAGAUUCAUCUGGCAAGUAUGUGAUGAGGGCAUACACCCCUAAAUCGAGCAAUUCUUUGCGGGGUCGUCUAGAGAUAUUGAUAAAGGUUUAUUUCCCAAAUAGGGAAUACCCCAACGGCGGAAUUAUGACAAAUCUUAUCGAAAACCUCCAAGUGGGAAACCAGAUCGAGGUCAAAGGACCUGUCGGCGAGUUUGAGUAUGUCAAGUGCGGGCACUGCAGUUUCAAUAACAAGCCUUAUCAAAUGAAGCAUUUUGUUAUGAUCUCGGGAGGAUCGGGCAUCACCCCAACUUACCAGGUUCUGCAAGCUAUUUUCAGCGAUCCUGAAGAUACAACAAGCGUGCAGUUGUUUUUUGGUAAUAAGAAAGUUGACGAUAUCCUGCUUCGAGAAGAGCUUGACUGUCUACAGAUAAAACAUCCAGAACAAUUCAAAGUUGAUUACUCGCUAUCAGAUCUGCAUCAUCUACCGGAGAAUUGGAGCGGAUUGAAAGGCAGGUUAACAUUCAAUAUUCUGGACAGCUACGUUCAGGGAAAAAAUAUGGGAGAGUAUAUGCUACUGGUAUGUGGACCGCCAGGAAUGAACGGUGUGGUCGAAAACUGGUGCAAAGCGCGCAAUUUGGAUAAACAGUAUGUAGUGUACUUCUGA